GGGUCCUUCAAGGGUGGGAGCAACAGGACCCUGAGAUUAAGACCAGGGACCAGAGGGAGGAACUUGGCAAAAUGGAGUCUUUGAUUGCUUUGCUACCUCCACAGGGAGCCAGGAGUCCAGAGGCAAUGGGCCCUGGGAACCUGGACCUUCUCCUCAGGUGAUGGUGACAUUCAAGGAUGUGGCUGUGGAUUUCACUAAGGAGGAGUGGCGGCUCUUGGAGCCCUCUCAAAAGGAGCUGUACAAGGAGGUCAUGGUGGAGAAUGCCAAGAACCUGCUAUCCCUGGGGCUUCCAGUUCUCAGAGAAGAGGUGACCUCUUAUUUUGAGCAAAGGGAAGCACUGUGGAUGCUGGACCAAGAAGGACUGAAGAAAUGCUCUCAAGAGAUUAGACUUGGAAUGAAGGAAACUCCUGCAGAGCAAAAUCAUUCUGUGUUGGAAACUCACAAGCAAAGACUGAUGGGUGAUGGUCGCUGUGACUUAACUUGGAGAGAAAUUUGUGCAUCACAUGAGAGAAUCCAGAUUAGAGAGAGAGAUUGUGAAGGAAACCAAUGUGGAAAAGGUUUUAUAAAAAAGGAAACUCUCAUUGUACAUCAGAAAAUCCGCACUGGAAGGAAGCCUUAUGAAUGUAACCAAUGUGGGAAAGCUUUUAUAAAAAGAGGAAUUCUUACUACACACCAGAGAAUCCACACAGGAGAAAAACCUUAUGAAUGUAAUCAAUGUGGGAAGGCCUUUAGACAUAAGAACAGUCUUACUGACCAUCAGAGAAUCCACACUGGAGAGAAACCUUAUGAAUGUAACCAAUGUGGAAAGGCUUUUACAAAUAGAGGAUUUCUUAGUUUACAUCAGAUAACCCACACUGCAGAGAAACCUUAUGAAUGUAACCAAUGUGGAAAGGCUUUUAGACAGAAUGGAGCUCUUAUUAGACAUCAACUAGUCCACACUGGAGAGAAACCUUAUGAAUGUAACCAGUGUGGGAAGGCUUUUAGACAAAAGGCAUCUCUUACUGGACAUCAAAGAACCCACACUGGAGAGAAGCCUUAUGAAUGUAAUCAAUGUGGGAAGAGCUUUAGAGACAAGGGAGCUCUUACUGAUCAUCAGAGAACCCACACUGGAGAGACUCCUUAUGAAUGUAACCAAUGUGGAAAGGCUUUUAGACAAAAGGGAGCUCUUACUGUACAUCAGAGAACCCACACUGGAGAGAAACCUUAUGAAUGUAACCAUUGUGGAAAGGCUUUUAGAAAAAGGGGAGUUCUUACUGUACAUAAGAGAACCCACACUGGAGAGAAACCUUAUGAAUGUAAUCAAUGUGGAAAGGCUUUUACAAAUAGAGGAUUUCUUACUUUACAUCAGAGAACCCACACUGGAGAGAAACCUUAUGAAUGUAACCAGUGUGGAAAGGCUUUUAUAUAUAAGCAACGUCUUAUUGAUCAUCAGAGAAUCCACACUGGAGAGAAACCUUAUGAAUGUAAUCAAUGUGGAAAGGCUUUUAGACAUAAGGGAACUCUUAUUGGACAUCAGAGAAUCCACACUGGAGAGAAACCUUAUGAAUGUAACCAAUGUGGAAAGGCUUUUAGAGAAAAAGGAACUCUUAUUGGACAUCAGAGAAUCCACACUGGAGAGAAACCUUAUGAAUGUAACCAAUGUGGGAAGGCUUUUAGAAAAAAGGGAGCUCUUACUGGACAUCAAAGAAUCCACACUGGAGAGAAACCUUAUGAGUGUGAACAGUGUGGAAAGACUUUUAGAAAAAAGGGAGCUCUUACUGGACAUCAGAGAAUCCACACUGGAGAGAAACCUUAUGAAUGUAACCAGUGUGGAAAGACUUUUAGAGAAAAUGGAACUCUUAUUGGACAUCAGAGGACCCACACUGGAGAGAAACCUUAUGAAUGUAAGCAGUGUGGAAAAACUUUUAGAAAAAAUGGAGCUCUUGUUGGACAUCAGAAAAUCCACACUGGAGAGAAACCUUAUGAAUGUAACCAGUGUGGAAAGCCUUUUAGACAUAAGCAAAGUCUUACUAAUCAUCAGAAAACCCACACCGAAGAGAAACCUAACGAAUGUAACCAAUGUGGAAAGGCUUUUAGCAAAAAGGGUGCUCUUACCAGACAUCAGAGAUUCCACACUGGAGUGACACCUUAUGAAGUUAAAUAAUGUGGAAAAGCUUUUAAAAAUAGAUGAACUCUUAGUACACAUCAGGGAGUCCACACUGUAGAGAAAUGUUAGGAAUGUUAUCAGUGUAAAAAGGCAUUUAGAAGUGAGCUCUUACUGGACAUCAGACAAUCCAUCCUGGAGAGAAACCUUAUGAAUGUAAGUAAUAGUGGAAGUGUUUUGUUUUUGUUUUUUUUUGGAAGGGAAAUUUUUGAGUGAAUUCCCAACAGUUAGAGAAUGUCUGAAUAAGUUAUGGUAGAUGAACAUUAUGGGAUAUUAUUUUUCUUUAAGAAAUAAUCAACUUGACAAUUUCAGAGAGGCCAAGAGAGACUUACAUGAAACUCAUUGGAUUAUUUGCCAUGGAUCAUAUUGCUAGGGGAUGGGAUGGGGGUAAGGUAGGAAAAAAAUUUGACAUUGUUUUGCAAGGGUCAAUGUUGAAAAUUAUGCAUGCCUAUGUUUUGAAAAUAAAACACUUUAAAAAAGAAAAAAAAAUUAUAAAUGAAUUUUUUAUUCUGCAUCGGAAAAUCCACACUGAAGGGAAAUCUUAUGAAUGUAAUCAUUGUGGAAAGACUUUUAGAGAAAGGAGAGUCCUCACUGGACAUUAGAGAAUGCAAACUGAGGAGAGGGUUUAUGAAUGUAACUAGUGUUGUUAAAAAAUUUUUAAACAUAAGAGAGUUCUUGCCAAGGCAAACUAU